UGUCGUGUCUAUUGGCUUGACUCGGUUAUGAUGAAAAGCUGUCCCCACGCAGCCAUUUGACGUCACUUUGCAGCGAUUACAAAACAACCAGCAUUGCAUGAGAUAAGGCCAUCACCAUUCGACGUUAUCAGAUCAUCGGAAAUAAUUAUCAGACAAGAACAGACUGGGUACCAUGGCUCUCAGAGGUGCUGUGACUCGUUUGCUCUCCAACGCUAGGAAACGUGCUGCAGUCUCAGCCUCCCGGGCACAGGGCACAGCAGCAGCUUCACCAGCCCAAAACGAAGCCGAAGUGGUCACCAAGAAGCCAGUAAAAGCACCCAAGGUGCAGUUUAACUGGCGUGACGCCCUGGAGCUGGACGGCCUGCUGACAGAGGAGGAGGUGAUGAUCAGAGACUCUUUCAGGACCUACUGCCAGGAGAAACUAAUGCCACGCAUCAUCAUGGCCAACAGACACGAACAUUUCCACCGUGAGAUUGUCUCAGAGAUGGGAGAGCUGGGUGUCUUGGGGCCAACCAUCCAAGGUUAUGGUUGUGCUGGAACCAGCUACGUGGCCUACGGGCUCAUUGCCAGGGAGGUGGAGAGGGUGGACAGUGGCUACCGCUCAGUCAUGAGUGUCCAGUCCUCACUGGUCAUGCACCCCAUCAACGCCUACGGCACAGAGGAACAGAAGGAGAAGUGGCUACCCAGGCUAGCUCGUGGGGAGAUCUUGGGCUGUUUCGGCCUGACUGAGCCCAACCACGGCAGUGACCCCGCGGGCAUGGAGACCAAGGCCAAAUACAACCCGUCCAGUAGCACCUUCACCAUCAGCGGAGCCAAGACAUGGAUCACCAACUCACCCGUGGCAGACAUCGCGGUGGUCUGGGCCAAGUGUGAGGAUGGCAGGAUCAGAGGCUUCAUCCUGGAGCGUGGCAUGAAGGGCCUGGCAACGCCUAAGAUCGAGGGCAAGUUCUCUCUGCGGGCGUCGGCCACAGGCAUGAUCCUGAUGGACGAGGUGGAGGUGCCCCAAGAGAAUAUGUUGCCCAACGUCUCUGGACUGGCUGGUCCCUUCGGCUGCCUGAAUAAUGCCCGCUACGGUAUCGCCUGGGGAGCUCUAGGUGCUGCCGAGUUCUGCUUCCACGCUGCCCGCCAGUACACACUGGACAGGAUCCAGUUUGGCGUGCCCCUGGCCAGGAACCAGCUGAUGCAGAAGAAGAUGGCUGACAUGCUGACAGAGAUCACCAUCGGCCUGCAGUCCUGUCUGGCCCUAGGCAGACUCAUCGAUGACAAGAAAGCGGCCCCUGAGAUGAUCUCCAUGCUGAAGAGGAACAGCUGUGGGAAGUCCCUGGACAUCGCCAGGCAGGCCCGAGACAUGUUGGGAGGCAACGGCAUCGCAGACGAGUACCACAUUAUCAGACACGUCAUGAACCUGGAGGCCGUCAACACAUACGAAGCUCCAGCCAUUACCACGAGCCUGUCCUCUUCAAUUAAGAUGUCACCAACCUCCUGUGCUCUCAGUAUGUACCCAUGACAUCCAUGCCUUGAUCCUGGGCCGAGCCAUCACUGGACUGCAGUCAUUCACUGUUGAGCAGUAAACUCUCCUCCUUGUCCUCCUAUUACAACGGACUUAAAGUAGACUGGGAAAGCCUUGAGCUGCCCAUCUAUCUGCCUUCUGAGAAGUAAUCACUGAGGGUGUGUGCCUGACUGCUGAUGGACUUCCAUCCCCAAGUGCCUCUGUUUGGUGAGAGAAUAUUAAAGUAAAAGUCAACCUGAAAGAAACACUGGGUCCAAAUAUGAGACGGUUUUUGUUUUGCUUAUGUACCUGUACUCAAUCAAUCAACGAUUGAAAUACAAUGUCAGCUUGAAUGUUGAUACAGUAGCUUCAGUCUCCUACUACGAAGGGAUGUCACAAUGGCAUGUAGCAUGUUGAUAAGGGAUCUGUAUCGAUUAGAAAGAUAUGUUAUGGAAUAAGUUCACUUAAUGGGUGAGAGGUUAUACAGUAUGUAUGUGUAUCUUUAGAGAUUUGUUCACAACUGGUCUAUUUGAUUUAUUUCUAGGUGAAAGAAAUGAACUGUACAUAAAGUAUAUUUUGAAAUUA